AAAAGGAAACAGAGAGAGGAUCCUAUGCAUCACUUUGAAGGAGACACAGAAGUGGAAGAGAUGUGUCCAGAGGCAGAGGACUCAGACACAGAACCUGAGACACCUCUUCCUCAAACAUUCAAGAAAGUAGGCAAAGCAGGCCCCACUACAAGAUCACACCAUGAAGCUGACAUUGAGGUAAUUCCUGAUUUCAUUCCAUCUGAUGAUUCUGCUUGUUUCCCUGGGGACUAUGGCAUUAGUGAUUCAGAUGAUGAGUCAGGUCUACCACUGCCCUGUGGAAGGAAGAGUCAAGCCAAGAGGGCCAGGACUAGGAUCUGGUAUGAUGAGACCAAGCCAGAUGCUCAUGACCAACUUUGCUUGAGUAUGUGCUUCACUGAUGUGUAUCAGUUUAGAAGAGCACUUAGGAAUUUUCAUAUCAGAAUCCUUAGAAAUUUCCAGUACCAUAGGAACUGCAAGGAUAGGAUCAUUGUGCAUUGCAAAGAAAGGGACAAUGGGUGUCCUUUUUUCAUGACUGCAUCCACAAUUGCUCAUGAGAAGACAUUCUGCAUCAAGAAGAUGAAGUUGUUGCACACUUGUGGUGCACAUGGAGAAAAAACCAAAGUGACAGUUGACUGGAUGGCCAGAACAUGUGAGCAGCAACUGAGAGAUAAUCCAAGGGCUGGUGUUGAUGCAAUUUUAAAAAGAACAAAGACUAAGUAUGGGCUGGAAGUGCCAAAGACCAAGGCCUACAGGGCAAGGUCAUUGGCCAUUGAAGUGGUGGAAGGUGACAUGAAGGGACAAUACACAAGGUUUAGGGAUUAUCUUCAAGCUGUGCUUGAUACCAACCCUGGGAGCAGAUGCAUUGUGACUACCAGAGAGCUUGAGCUCCAUCCUAGCCCAAAUCCUAGGUUCCACUACAUGUUCUACUGUCUGAAUGCUUCAAAAGAAGGUUUCUUGAAUGGGUGUAGGCCCUUUAUAGGUUUAGAUGGUUGCUUUAUCAAGCUUUCUACUGGGCAACAGAUACUUGCUGCCACUGGUAGGGAUGGGAAUAACAACAUAUUCCCUAUUGCAAUUGGUAUUGUUGAUAAGGAGGACAAGGAAAGUUGGACUUGGUUUCUUAGCCAAUUAAGAGCUUGCAUUGGAGAGGGGAACAAGUGGGGCACAUACACAAUCAUCUCUGAUAGACAGAAGGGGCUGUUGAAUGCAAUUCAAGCUGUGUUCCCACACUCACCUCAAAGAUAUUGUCUUAGACAUAUCUAUGCAAAUUUCCAGUCAGCUGGCUUCAGGAGUGAGGAGUUGAAGAAGCAUAUGGACAAUGCUGCAUAUUCAUACACCAAGAAUGGUUUUGAGGUUGCAAUGAAUGAACUGAGAAAGGAGGAUGAAGAUGCUUGGAAGUGGCUUU